CAUCCCAGCUGAAGCCCCAACAUCCAGGAGACAGACGCAAGAGCAAGACAAUCAUCAUCAUUCUCAUCAUUAGCAUCGCCCUCCCAAUUCCAUCAGAGCGUGGAAGCGAGGAGGAGGUGGAGCCAGCCGAGUGAGAAACUGAUGCUCCCAGCAGGUGCCAACAAGUGAGAGGAGCUGAGAGUCCGAGAAGGUGGGAAUGGAGAAGAGUCUGUGAGAGGAGAAGACACCCAGCCAGCGCUCCGAGAGAAAACAAACAUCAGCGUUCAGAUCUCUGCAGCAAGCAGCACGUUUUCCGGUCCUCGUCUCUGCUGCCGUUAUUCCCGCUGCCAUGCUGCACCCCGUGCUGCUGUGUGCCGCUCUGCUCCUCCUGACUCCCUUUGAGGUGACAGAGGCUCGCGCUCUCCAUCCUGCUCCUGAUGCUGCGCAGUUUCUGGAGCAGUUUCUGGAGCGCUACAAUGACCUCCUGACCCUGGACGACCUGGACAACAUGUUGAAUAGCCAGCCGGAGGAUCAGUCCACUGCUGCCGCCGCUGCCUCCUCCUCCUCUGGGGUCAAAGCAGCUGAGUACCCUAAGUGGGCUGACGUCCAGACACAGCCGGAGACCCCCUGGCUCCGGCUGCUGAAGGGGGCGCUGGCCAUGCAGAGGGAAGCAGAACCAGAAAGGUCACGAAGGGGAUGGAACAAAGGAUGCUUUGGCUUGAAACUGGACCGGAUCGGGUCCAUGAGCGGACUUGGCUGUUAGUGGAGAGAGGAGAAAAAGAUGAGACUGGGCGCAUCCUUCUUAGAUACACUCACACACAGGCAUUCACCUGCAGAAACAGGAUGUUUACAUGUAGUUUCUCUGUAGUUUGGUGUAGUGUGGUUUGAACCAGCGUAGAUCAGAUGCCUCACACUUCAUUCCAGUAUUAGAACAUCCUAGCUUUGUUAUCAUUAAAUCCUCACAGUAAAUGUAGACACGUUUUGACUUUUUUGUGUGUAACAAAGACGUGGAGAUCCAAAGACGAUGGCACCUGUAAAGCAUCUGCAGUUUAUUUUUAUGUUCACUUAUGAUUUGCAUGAAUAAAUGGAUUUGACAUUU